UUAUCGUUUUAAGGAUAUGUUACGAUACCUUCUGCGUGGUUUUUCGGCGUCGAUGUUACAAACAUUUUAUACAAGAUAAAAGUACAGGAAAAUUCGUGAUCCGAAAUGGUUUGAACGUGAUCCCAAUUGUACAGAAUUAUAAAGAUCGUAAAGAGAGAAAUGUCUGUCGCGGGAGGCGGAAAAGUUCGUGGUUUUCCGUAAAGUCGAAUAUUUUAUUCCUCCGCAACUCGAGGUACCUUAAAACGUGACCCGAAGAUUCGGAGAGGUAGCAUGAUUUUACAUUUGCGCUUACCAGAAAGAAAAAGAGAAAAAGAGAAAAAGAGAAAAAGAGAAAAGAGAAAAAAGGAAAAGAAAGAGGAAAGGAGGAAAAAGGAAAACACGUAUACACGGAUGAGAGACGGGGAAAUUCAAGGAUUUGUUCUUUCGAAGAAAAUGGAAGAUUAAUGGAUUAUUAAUUUUCAUUCGCAACGAUUCAGUGGAUGACGAUAGCCAUUUUUCGAGCGCUCCACGGCUGUAGGAAUACCCGUGAUGUUGCACGAGUGACGUUACACGUGUACAGUGACGUUAUAUGUAUCGUUGUUUAUACAUACGUUAAUCGGGUAAAGUAAGAGGACCGGUGGCGAUUCGAUUCGUCGUCGUCGUCGUGGGGCACGCGUGACCUCCAGAGAAUUCCUGUAUAGAGAAACGGAUGGCGCUGCAUUGAUCCAGUCUUUCUUAAAACAUCGUUGAUUUUUCAUAGUCGCGAGCGUUAGGACGAGCGGACGUGAGACGAGCGAAUAACGUAUAUCCGACCGCGACAACGCGACCAAAGGAUCGUACGUGUUUAGCCAUUUUCCAAACGAGCUACACCGAGCACCGCGCACGUGUGUUGCCCAACGAGACGUUUCGACAUCUGUCCUGAACCUGUGACACCCAAUACCGACAAAAACAAGUAUUUCUAUUUGCUGUCGCAACAAUGACGGACUGCUCUAUCAGGGGGGAAUAAAUGUUACGCGUGAAUCUUCGGAGAAAGAGAAAACGGGAAAGAGGGUGGCUUUCUGGCCGGGAGGGGGGAUUUCCGGGCAAACGGUGGUAACGCGAAAGUUGACGAAAUUGUUCAGUUCCGUAAGUCUGUCGAGGAAUUUUUGCAAUUUUUCCCAUCAACGUUACACGCUAUGUAACAGAAUAGCUAUUACUGUUUUCCUAUUCGCGCCUCUCCCUGUAGUAGCGGGAUUGAACAAUUUCUCGCGCAUCACGAUCACCGCAAGAUGUCAGAUUGGAAGGUUGUACGUAUUUUCAUUGAAAUUCUACUGUUGUCUCGAGCCUGUGGUACCUCCGAAAUGAUGCCAACAGCCUCCGAUGUUUCCGAAUUUGUACGUAUCGACCCGGAAACAGCCGAUACGUUUGACUGGAGAAACCAUCCUUGUCGCCGAAAUUGUACGGACGGAGCUCCUCCGCUGGAAUGCCGUUACAUUUUCAAAUUGGAGGCUUAUCGAACAAUGAGCAAGGCGUGUUACGAUUGCCCGUUCAAUAUUACCGAUUGCUUUCGAAUGCAUUGUGUUCCAGCCGAUGGCACGGGAAGAUCAAUUUUGACAGUGAAUCGGCAAAUGCCGGGCCCGCGUAUCGAGGUAUGCAGAGGCGACAGAGUAAUAGUCGACGUAAUCAAUUUGUUGCACUCGGAGAGUACCGCGAUGCACUGGCAUGGGCAACAUCACGUUGCAACACCCUACAUGGACGGUGUACCGUACGUGUCCCAAUGUCCGAUUUCACCGGGAUCGAGUUUCCGAUACGACUACUUCGCUACCGAAGCAGGCACGCAUUUCUGGCAUUCGCAUUUAGGUUUUCAGCGAGGCGACGGUGUAUUCGGCUCACUGAUAGUUCGUACGCCUCCAAAGAUCAACUGGCAUCGUGAUUUGUACGACAUCGACGAACACGUCAUACUAAUCCUGGAUUGGACGCGCGAAUUAGGAAUAGACAAGUUUCUAGAUCAUCACUACGCGGGUGGAGACAACAAACCGCCAAACAUAUUGAUCAACGGCUUGGGUCGUUUCACGACUGCUCCGACUGAAAACAACGUUUCCGCUGCAAUGCCUGUCGCAACGUUUCUCGUUAAACAGAAUACAAGAUACAGAUUUCGACUGAUCAAUGCCGAGUUUCUUAAUUGUCCGGUCGAGUUGUCCAUCGACAAUCACACCAUGAACAUAAUCAGUUCGGAUGGUCGCGAUGUCGAACCGGUCCAAGCGAAAACUUUGGUAAGCUACGCUGGCGAAAGAUUUGACUUUGUUCUCGAGGCGAAUCAAAAAAUCGACAAUUAUUGGAUUCGAGUUCGAGGAUUAAUGGACUGCGACGAAAGAUUCACGAAGGCUUUUCAAGUUGGCAUACUGCGAUACGAUGGUGCGAUCGAGCAAGAUCCGAAAGGUCGAGUCACUUACGAGCGCGAAUUGGACGAUCUGUCGGAUGAGAAGCGAGUAAACGGUUUAAACGAGGGCACCGAAAGGAACAGUAGCCUCAGCGUGCCAUUGCUGAGAGCAAUGGACGAGAACGACGAGUCAAACACCCUCGAGCCUGAUUACCAAUUUUACGUGUCUUACGAUUUCUAUAAAAAGGACAAUCCACAUUUUCAUCGUAGCAAUUUGUACGGAUUCGAGCAAGUUAAUAUAACUAAGCGGGUUCUAACUCCGCAACUGAAUCACAUCUCGAUGAAAUUACCAUCCGUUCCGCUGUUGUCCCAGCGGGAUAUUGUAGAUCAGAAUCGAUUCUGCAACGAGAGCACUGUACAAGGAUGCGAACAGACUUAUUGUGCUUGUACUCAUGUCCUUCGAGUGAAACUCGGAAGCGUGGUGGAGGUAGUUCUGGUAGACGAAGGAUUUGCUUACGACGCGAAUCAUCCGUUUCAUCUUCAUGGAUACCAAUUUCGCGUGGUCGCAAUGGAAAGGGUCGGUAGAAACGUCACGGUCGAGACCGUCAGGGAAUUGGAUAGAAAAGGUUUGAUACGCAGAAAUCUUGAUCGCGCUCCUUUAAAGGAUACAGUGACAGUACCGGAUGGUGGUUACACCGUUAUACGAUUUCAUGCCAAUAAUCCAGGUUAUUGGUUGUUUCAUUGCCACAUCGAGUUUCACGCCGAAGUAGGAAUGUCCUUGGUUUUCAAAGUUGGAGAAGACGAAGAUAUGCCACCUGUACCACGCAACUUCCCUCAUUGCGGCAAUUGGCGAUCGAAGAAUGAUCCGCACGGGGAAUUUGCUGAUACCGUACUUGCUGUGAGCGCCGUAAAGGACCCAUCGGAAGAAGUAUCGAAUACCGUAACGAGCGAUAAUGGUACACCGCAAUUCGUGCAUCUGUUGGCUCGAGUUCUAAAAACAUUACGAAUCUCUUCCUCGACGCAAAACCCGACAGUUUCAUUCUUUCUACUUUCCUUCUGUCUUCUCGUUACUCUACCGUUUAGAGAACCCGGCCAAUACUGCACAUACCUGUAAUUAUACAGAAACUACGAUACGUAGA